ACAUGUUAAAAAGAAAACGGAGGCGAAGCAUAAACGGGAAAGAAGAAACGGAAGCGGUGUAAAAGUAACAGAGGCGGAUAGAACCGAAAAACCCAACCCGACCGGGUGAGCGUGACUGUGGCAGUUUCUAAUUGCCUGGUUCACCUUCACCUUCACCUUCACCUUCUCUUCUUCUUCUCUCUCUCAUGGUCUUGUAGCGGAACCGUUCUCGCUUCUCGGAGAACAUGGCCUCCAUCUCCUCCGCUGAACUCAAUUACCUCGUUUAUCGCUACCUUCAAGAAUCAGGUUUCACGCAUGCUGCUUUUACUUUUGGUUAUGAAGCUGGUAUUAACAAAUGCUCCAUUGAUGGAAAUUUGGUGCCGUCAGGUGCUCUUGUUACAUUUGUUCAGAAGGGUCUACAGUACUUUGAGAUGGAAGCCAACUUGAGUAAUUGUGAUGCAGACCUGGAAGAAGAUUUUUCAUUCUUACAACCUUUGGAUCUUAUCACGAAAGAUGUGCAUGAACUUAGGCAAAUGAUAAGUGAAAGAAGAAAAAAACUACAGAAGGAAAGAAAGAAGGAAUUUGAAAAGGAGCAUGAAGGUGAACGUGUACGGGUAAGAGAAAAGGAUAGACGUGAAAGGGAAAAAGAAGUUGAAAAGGAAAGACGUGAAAGGGAGAAAGAAGUUGAAAAAGAUAGACGUGAAAGAGAGAAAGAAGUUGAAAAGGAUAGACGUGAAAGGGAGAAAGAAGUUGAAAAGGAUAGACGCGAAAAGGAGAAAGAAGUUGAAAAGGAUAGACGCGAAAAGGAGAAAGAAGUUGAAAAGGAUAGACGUGAAAGAGAGAAAGAAGUUGUAAAGGAUAGGAAGAAGAUAGAAAAUGAUAAAGAGCGAGAACAACAGCAUGGUGAUCAGACUGUCAGAGAAAUGUUCGUGGAUCAUGAAGAUAGGGUUCCUGUAAAGCUUGAAGAGAAUGGAGCAGUUGGAGGGCCAGAACCAAUGGACAUCUCUACAACAUCAACAUCUCAGCUAUGUGGAAUUCCUAGUUCAGAUGUGACAAUUUUGGAAGGUCAUACUUCAGAGGUGUGUGCUUGUGCAUGGAGCCCUACAGGAUCUCUUCUUGCAUCCGGAUCUGGAGAUUCGACAGCUCGUAUCUGGACAAUAGCAGAAGGGAGAUGUAAGCCUGGUUCAGAGAAUGGCCCUUUGAAUGUGUUGGUGUUGAAGCAUGUUAGGGGUAAAACAAAUGAAAAGAGUAAAGAUGUUACUACACUUGACUGGAAUGGGGAAGGGACACUUCUCGCAACUGGUUCAUAUGAUGGGCAAGCAAGAAUUUGGACCACCAAUGGUGAACUGAAGAGUACAUUAAGCAAACACAAGGGACCAAUAUUCUCUCUGAAGUGGAAUAAGAAAGGAGAUUAUCUUCUGACUGGAAGUUGUGAUCAAACUGCAAUUGUGUGGGAUGUGAAGGCAGAAGAAUGGAAACAACAAUUUGAAUUUCAUUCAGGUCCAACACUUGAUGUUGAUUGGCGCAACAAUGUGUCUUUUGCCACAAGUUCCACAGACAAUAUGAUACAUGUUUGCAAAAUUGGAGAAACCCACCCUAUAAAAACUUUUACUGGGCACCAGGGUGAAGUUAAUUGUGUCAAAUGGGAUCCCACAGGUUCAUUGCUGGCCUCCUGUUCUGAUGAUAUCACAGCAAAGAUAUGGAGUAUGAAGCAGGAUACUUAUCUUCAUGACUUAAGGGAGCAUUCCAAGGAGAUAUAUACCAUCAGAUGGAGCCCCACUGGUCCUGGUACAAAUAACCCUAAUCAUAAACUGGUGUUGGCUAGUGCUUCAUUUGACUCAACUGUAAAGCUAUGGGAUGUGGAACUUGGGAAACUCAUCUACAGCUUGGAUGGACACAGGCAUCCUGUAUAUUCUGUUGCUUUCAGUCCCAAUGGCGAUUAUCUAGUUAGUGGGUCUCUUGACAGAUCCAUGCACAUAUGGUCAUUGAGGGACGGCAAGAUUGUCAAAACAUACACAGGCAAUGGGGGCAUUUUUGAGGUCUGCUGGAAUAAGGAGGGUGACAAGAUUGCUGCAUGUUUUGCUAAUAAUACAGUUUGCGUUUUGGAUUUUAGAAUGUAAUAUCUGUGAAGCGCCAAUUUCUCCUCACCAGUACAUUAAAUUCUUUCUUUCCCCCCCUUGAGAUGAGAUCGGUGGAAAUGUAUUUUGGGUGGGUGGAUAGGUUACCCAUUUUAACCAUAGUUGUAGUGGACCCUGUUGUAAUUUGCUAGAACAUUAUUAAAAAGUAGUUUGUAGGAGUGCAUUCUUAAUAAGCAAAAGUGUAUAGAUUUAGUUGGACAAAAUCCUGUACAAGGAUCGCUAGACUUUUUGUAUCUACUUGCCUUUCUCUUGCACGAUGGCUGCAAAUGGCAUGCAUUUUCGGUCCCUUUGAUCCA